CACAAUCACAGCUCUCGGCAGAGGGGGAGCCAGAUCCGGGCUUGCCUGGGCAAUCAGUGCUGAGCCUGCCUCCUUCCCAUCCCUGCAGCACUUUCAGAGCCUGAAGUUUGCAGCAGAGGCAAGAAGUGGGGGGAGAAAUCUCAGCAAAAAUGGCUGGGGCAAUUAUAGAAAACAUGAGCACUAAAAAGCUGUGCAUUGUUGGAGGGAUCUUGCUGAUUUUCCAAGUCAUCGCCUUUCUGGUGGGAGGUCUGAUUGCUCCCAGUCCCACUACAGCUGUUCCUUACACGUCAAUGAAGUGCAUUGAUGUAAGAAAAAACCACCACAAAACAAAGUGGCUAAUGCCCUGGGGACCUAACCACUGUGAGAAGAUCAAAGACUUUGACGAAGCAGUGAGCAGGCAGAUAGAGGCCAAUGAUAUCGUGUUUGCUGUUCACAUUCCUCUUCCUAGCAAGGAGAUGAGCCCCUGGUUCCAGUUCAUGCUUUUCAUCAUGCAGCUGGACAUUGCAUUCAAGAUGGACAACGACCUAAAAGAAAACGCAGAAAUUACACUGGAUGUGUCAUUAGCAUAUCGCGAUGACACGUUUGAUGACUGGGAAGAAAUAGCACAUGCAAUAGAGAUCAGGAAGCUGAAGUGCACCUUUGGCUCACCAAAAACCCUGGAGUCUGAAGGCCGUCACUAUGACUGUGACUUCCUUCCGUUCAUGGAGAUUGGAAGUGUGGCUCACAAGUACUACCUCAUCAACAUUCGUCUCCCUGUGAACGAGAGGAAAGGCAUUAACGUGGGGAUUGGGGAGAUAAAGGAUAUUCGCCUCGUAGGUAUCCAUCAAAAUGGAGGCUUUACAAAAGUGUGGUUUGCCAUGAAAACUUUCCUCACCCCCAGCAUUUUAAUUAUCAUGGUCUGGUAUUGGAGACGGAUCACACUGAUGACACGUGCUCCUGUCCUGCUGGAGAAGGUCAUCUUUGCUCUGGGAAUUUCCAUGACAUUCAUUAACAUCCCAGUGGAGUGGUUUUCCAUUGGAUUUGACUGGACUUGGAUGUUACUGUUUGGAGACAUUCGACAAGGCAUUUUCUAUGCCAUGCUCCUGUCAUUUUGGAUCAUCUUCUGCGGAGAGCACAUGAUGGAUCAGAACGAACGGAAUCGUCUCUCUGGGUACUGGAAGCAGGUUGGACCCAUAGCUGUUGGCUCCUUCUGCCUCUUCAUCUUUGACAUGUGUGAGAGGGGAGUGCAACUGAAAAAUCCCUUCUACAGUAUCUGGACCACUGAAGUGGGCACGGAGCUGGCUAUGGCCUUUAUUAUAGUUGCAGGCAUUUGCUUGUGUCUGUAUUUUCUCUUCCUGUGUUUUAUGGUCUUUCAAGUGUUUAGAAACAUCAGUGGAAAACAGUCAAGCCUCCCAGCCAUGAGCAAGGCUCGCCGCCUUCAUUAUGAGGGGCUGAUUUUUAGGUUCAAGUUCUUGAUGCUCAUUACUCUGGCUUGUGCAGCAAUGACAGUCAUUUUCUUUAUAGUGAGUCAGGUGACUGAAGGCCACUGGAAGUGGGGGGACAUAACAAUACAGGUGAACAGCGCCUUCUUCACAGGCAUCUAUGGGAUGUGGAACCUGUACGUCUUUGCACUUAUGUUCCUGUAUGCUCCAUCACACAAGAAUUACGGUGAAGAUCAGUCAAACAGUGACCUGGGUGUAAACAGUGGCGAAGAGCUUCAGCUCACCACCACAAUCACCCAUGUGGAUGGGCCAACAGAGGUUUAUAAGCUAGCUCGCAAGGAAGCUCAGGAGUAACACUGAGAACAUCUCAACUGAGACACAGGAUGAAGUGGAGUACACAGGACGAUACAGCAUCCUCCUUGAGGAGAUGUGUCUAAGUAACUUGCUUUAUGAAUGCCCAAUAUCUAGCGUCUUUUCAUAGAGCAGUGACACCAAGCAGAACAUUUGUAAACUCUUUAAUACGGAGUAGUUAUUUCUGGGGGGAGGGAUACAUAUAUUGUGUUACACUCAAGCACGUAAAGAUCUGCUAGAAAAGCAUUAAGGUUGCAAAGUCGCACAUUCAGAAGUUAGGAAGUGGCAGACCUGACAUUGGGUAAUUUUUACUUGGCUACCUUAGGCCUGUGCAUGCAGUGCAAGCAGUGAAUGGAGCUCAGUUAAUGAGCAGGUAUUCAGUAUUUUGAGUUUUUUUCGUAUGUGUAGCUUCUUAAGCAAGGUGUUAGGCUUGGGGGAUGGACUAAAGCCUCACUUUAAAAACAUUUAAUUCCAUCAUCUAUAACCAUAUGGAACCCAAUUUGUGGUCGUUAGUACAGCCCUCUAACUCUACAGCAAACCUCGUAUCACUUGAGUGAAGCAUAACCGGGGAAGGCAGUAGAUUGUUUGUAACAUAUAAGAUUUAAGUAGUAGAAGAAGCAGCAACAUGCUUUUUCAGUAGAUUUUACUGUUUGUUGAAUAUAGGAAAUGUAAAAACUUGAUGCCUGAGUUCAGUUUCAGUUGCAGGAGAAAUAUGUGCUCUAGAGCUCCUGCCUGAAUUCCUAGAGUUAUGGUUCUUAUAGCCAGCUCCUACCUAUUUCUCAGCCCUUUUGGCUCUGCUGUCUCUUGUUGUCUUCCUCUAUCUUACCUAUUUGUUAUGGCUCCUUCAUUUUUAUGCUGCUUAUGUGCCAUGAGGAAGAA